AUGGAAACUAUCUCACUUGAAAUAGCUUCAGAGACUUUGCUAUCUUUAUCGCGUGUUCACAACUCUUCACUCACCGACCUCCACAUCAUCAGAGUUGCACGCCAAACUCACACCGCAAAAAUGCCUUCCAUUUCCCACAUGAUCACAAUGCUGGCUUAUCUCGCUUCUGCUGCGAGUGCCCUGCCCGCUAAUAUCGCUCGCCAACAUACCAGUGAAUGCGCAACUGGUACGUGGUACUACUCUUGUGACACCAACGUCGGCUGUUUCGACCACGAUCCUUGUGUCAAACCCACUCCCGUUUCUGGCAAAACUCCCGACAAGACGAAGGACAAACCCACGACUACAACCUCCUCUUCUUCGAUCAAGACCAUUGUCCCCGCUGCCCUGUACGACAUCUACCCUGAGCAUCCUGGUGAAUCUAGUGGUCCGGUCAACGGCAUUCAUCUCGAGACGUGGAAGGACAAGUCUCAGGUUGAGCAAGUGAUCGUUUUUGAGGGCAUCCCCUCAGGUGCAAAGAACUGUGACCUGUCCUGGCGUCAGGGACCUCGCUACUCUCGAAGGUUCCUUGUCAAGAACAGUGAUGCACAAGCUGAUGCACGACCCCUGUCUGGUUUGCCCGACAGAGGUGGGGAUGUAACAUACAACUCAAUCAAGCCCUUCGAUGAUCAGAAGUCAAUCGGCGGCCCCAACUUCUCCUUCUGGGAUGACCGUGAGGAAGACAACCACAUUGUCGGGGGUGUCGACUGCGCUGAAACUCUUUCAUUCAUCAUUGGGCUCCGAAAUCCUAAGGGUGACUCACAGGUCUACCUUGAGCAAGAUGGACACGAGAAUGGCUGGACUCUUACCUACCACUAA